CCAAAAUGGCGGAUGAACUAUGAAUUUUUUCCAAGUCUGAAACAUGUGAACGACUUAUUAUUUAGUUUUUAAUUAUUUCGGAGAACUGAGAAUUCUGAGGUUUUCCAGUCAUGACAGACCACAAAGAAGAACAAGAUCUGGAACUUGAAGCUCUAAGUUCCAUAUACCCGGAAGAAUUUACUCAGAUUGAAAGUGAUCCAUGUUGUUUUCAAGUUUCAAUUGCUAGUGAACCUGAAAAACCAGAAGAUGAGGACUGUAGAGUUUGUGCCACUUUACAGUUCACUUAUGUAAACACAUAUCCAGAUGAGCCCCCUGUUAUUGAAGUGCCAUUGUUUGAAGGGAUGGAUAAUUCAGAUGCAGAGGGACUUAGAGAGUACUUAGAACAAGAGGCACAAGAAAACCUAGGGAUGGCAAUGAUUUUCACUUUAGUAUCAGCUGCACAAGAAAAACUCAACACAUUCGCCGAUAAAUUAAAAAAUGAAAAAGAAGAUGAGAAGUUGAGAAAGGAAAAAGAAGCCGAGGAGGCAGAGAAAAACAAAUUCUCAGGGACCCCAGUAACACUGGAAACAUUUGUGGCCUGGAGAAGAGCUUUUGAACAGGAAAUGAUGCAGACUAAAGAGAAUAAAAAUGAAAUGCUUAAAGGAAAACUCACAGGGAGACAACUCUUUGAACAAGAUGACUCAAUGAGAGACUCAGAUGCUGCCUUCUUAGAAAGUGAAGUAAAGGUAGAUGAAUCACUUUUUCAAGACCUGGAUGACCUAGACCUGGAUGAUGAAGAUAUAGAAUAAAAUUAUUAUUUUUCAUAAAA